AUGGGUAAUAAAUUCCACAACGGAUUCUGGACGAACUGGGAGGAUGGCAAGAUUGGAGGUGCUACCCUUACGCUGCCGGCAUAUGCAGGCUUGAUUCUGGUCUCCUUUCUCACUCUGUUCGUACAGUAUUCCGGUAGCUGCUUCUGGCGCGUGGUUAGCUUCAUCUUGCACCAGACGAGGUCGGUGGCAGCGUCGAAAGAUGGCCUUUUCCAUCAACAACAGGCCAUCCUUAGAAAUUCUGUGACUGCAACCAACGCAUUUUGGACCAUAGCCUCGUCCGCGUCCGCGUGGACAAGCAAAGGAAAAGGGAAGGGGAAGGAGAACAGGAAAGGGGUAGGAGAAGCGAAGCCUCAAGCGCCUUUAAGGACCUCGUUACCGCUGCUUUUGGUUUCCGCUAUUCAUAUCAGCCUUUUUACUGUCGCAGGAUUGUUUUCGUCCCGCGUCACGACGACCUCCGCUUCAGGACAGGCGCUGAUGACCGGCGAUAUUUGCGGGUUUCCUGAUGAGGUGGAGAACCUUCGAGGUGUAGAGCCAGAGAAUUUGGAUGAAGAAGGACUACUCACAUUCAACACGCAAGUCCUACUGGGACGUUUGACUCUCUCAAGGAGCGCGGCGUAUGUUCGCUCGUGCUACAAUAACAACGACAAUGGGGCUUCUGGCGGCUGCAACGUUUACGUACAGCCGUACUUACACGGAGUCAACGCAUCAUCCGUCAACGAUACCUCAUGCCCUUUUGUAAACGAGGAAACUUGUGCAACGUCGUCGGCGGUGAGAUACGAUUCUGGAGCCAUACAUUCCAACGAGGAUCUCGGUAUCAACUCCCCGGAAUCAGACGCGAUGACAAUACGGAGGAUAACGAGCUGUGCUCCUGUUAGCGCCAAACGAUACGCCACGGAUUGGAUUGAGGACUUACCGGAAGCGCUCGGUGACGGGCGCACGAAUACGACGAUAAAAUUCUACGAAAUGGGGCAACCUACCUCCGGUGACAACGACGGAUGUGACGCUACAUUUAAGAAUUCCACGACAAACCUCACGACCUUUUGCGUUUCAGAGUUCAUGAAAACAUAUGUCCAAGAACCAUACACGAUCCGGGUCCAAACAUCCUAUUACGAUAACGAGACAGCCAGUGACUUCAUCCCAAUUCCUGACCUUCAGGUCGCCAAUGCCGAUGUCACACUAAUUGCCAUCUUCAACAAGGCAAGGUACAGUGAAAUGGUCGAUGAUGAACUUUUUUCUGCCCACAACGAAUCUUCAUCCUGGGGACCCGGCUUCUUCACUGCGACCGAUGAUUUGUCCGUACUUGGUUGCACCGAGCAGUAUCAAUUUUGCAAUAUUAGGAACACGCAGUGCACGCCUGUUACCGGACUCUAUGGAAUUAAGCACGCAUUAAAUUCUGAGGACGGAGACUUGGACUUGAGCCCUAAACAGAGAGCAAUUUUCGAGCUCCUGUGGAUGCCAGCCCGAUCUAUGAGUCUACAAUGGUCGUUCAAAGUGCUCGGUACAGAGCUUCUACUCGCGAAAGAUUGGUUAUGGGCGACUGUCAGCGUUGGCUCAUCCGCUCUACCGCCCAACCACUGGCAGCUCGAAGCCCGAAACCUCCACAAUGUCUCCCUGGCUGUGCUCCAGCGGCGGGUUUCCGAAUUCGCAUCCCCGAACGAAUUUGAGAUUCGCCCAGGUUUAAACUCGCUCGCGCAGGUUCGAGUACCUUCCGACCCGGCCCUCCGCGAUCUUUGUACCGCUCUGAAACUACGAAGUAGUGAGCAUAUCUCUGUGAGCGUGCUAGGAAUGGGAAUUAUUCUCGGGGUCGGUAGCUUGCUUAUUCUACUCGACUUCGUUCUCAUUCAGCAACUCUUCUGGAUGAAUAUUCUUUGGUGGAGAAAUAGGUCACCUCGCCGUCAGAAAAGGAAAGAGGAUUGGCAGACCACGGGCACGUUGCAGCUUCAGAAAUCCGCAUUUGAGGCUAGGGGUAUCGGGCCCUGGGAUGACGAUGAAAAUGAGACGCCUGUCCUGGUGGACAGGGACAAGAAGUUCGCAAGGCUGAACGACCUCAAUGAGGAUUGUAAGCUGGGCGAGAAUACAGGGGAUGAUGUAGGAUAUGGUAGGGGCACGUAUGCACCGGUGCCAAAUCAAACUAUGGAGUCAAGGAGCAUGGAUGUAUAG